AUGACAUCGGGGCAGAAUCACACCAUGCUGAUGAGAUUCAUCCUGCUGGGCCUCACAGACCAGGCCGACCAAAAACAUCUCUUUGGCGUCUUCCUGCUGAUCUACGCUGUGACACCAGUGGGCAACCUGGGCAUGAUAGACCUGAUCCGUACCAGCUCCUCCCUCCACACCCCCAUGUACUUCCUCCUGAGCGUGCUCCCCUUCCUAGACAUCUGCAAUUCCUCUGUGUUCACCCCCAGGCUGCUGACCAGCUUCCUCACCGUGGACCAGUCCAUCUCAUUUGCAGGCUCUGUGGUCCAGAUGGCCUUCAUGAUCCUCCAUGGCACAGGGGAGUGCCUGCUCUUGGCCAUCAUGGCCUAUGGCCAAUUUGUGGCCAUCUGCUACCCUCUCCUCUACCACACCAUCAUGUCCAAGUGCUUGUGCAUCCAGCUGGUGGUGGGCUCCUAUGCUGUGGGGGUGUCCAUUUCAGCUGUGCAGACAGGGAAUGCCUUCAUCUUGCCCUACUGUGGUCCCAACAUCAUUGAUCACUUCUUCUGUGACAUCCCCCCGUGCAUCUUGGUCUCUUACACCUACAUCCUGAUCACUAUCUGUAGGAUGAGGUCCCUGGAGGCCCAGAGCAAAGCUUUCUCCACUUGUGCCUCCCACCUCACUGUCCUCUCCCUCCUCUACGGGUCUGUGUUCUUUGUAUAUGUCCAACCCAACCCAGAAAGGGCUUCAGCCUAUAACAAGGCGCUCUCUGUGCUCUACACCAUUGUGAUCCCCAUGCUGAACCCCCUGGUCUGCAGCCUAGGAAUAAAGGUGUCAAGGCUGCUGUACGAAUUAGGGUUCUUAACUUAA